CACAGGUGGGCGGUCGGUCCGAUCCCUCCUCCUCCGGCCGGACCCGGCCGGCGCGGCGAUGACCGUCACCUACACGGCCCGCGUGGCCAACGCGCGCUUCGGCGGCUUCUCGAAGCUGCUGCUGCUGUGGCGCGGCAGCAUCUACAAGCUCCUGUGGCGGGAGCUGCUCUGCUUCCUCGGACUCUACAUGGCGCUGAGCGCAGCUUAUCGCUUCGUGCUGGCCGAAGGCCACAAGCGCUACUUCGAGAAGCUGGUCAUCUACUGCGACCAGUACGCCAGCCUCAUCCCCCUCUCUUUCGUGCUCGGCUUCUACGUGAACCUGGUGGUGCACCGCUGGUGGAACCAGUACCUCUGCAUGCCGCUGCCCGACGCGCUCAUGUGCAUCGUGUCGGGCACGCUCACCCCUCCAGGGUUUAUGACCCGCGAGGAGCGCAAGAAGUUUGAGAACUUGAACUCAUCCUACAACAAGUAUUGGGUGCCCUGCGUCUGGUUCUCUAACCUGGCGGCACAGGCCCGGCGGGAGGGCCGCAUCCGGGACAACAGCGCCCUUAAACUGCUGCUGGAGGAGCUGACUGUGUUUCGGGGCAAGUGUUCGAUGCUCUUUCACUACGACUGGAUCAACAUACCCCUCGUCUACACCCAGGUGGUGACCAUCGCAGUGUACAGUUACUUCCUGGCCUGCGUCAUCGGUCGCCAGUUCCUAGACCCUGCGCAGGGCUACAAAGACCACAACCUUGACCUGUUUGUGCCCGUCUUCACUCUGCUGCAGUUCUUCUUCUAUGCCGGCUGGCUCAAGGUGGCAGAGCAGCUCAUCAACCCCUUUGGAGAGGACGACGACGAUUUUGAGACCAACUUUCUGAUCGACCGCAACUUCCAGGUGUCAAUGCUGGCCGUGGACGAGAUGUACGACGACCUGGCCAUGCUGGAGAAGGACCUGUACUGGGACACAGCGGAGGCUCGGGCCCCCUACACCGCGGCCACCGCCUUCCUGAGGCUGCAGCCCUCCUUCCAGGGCUCCACCUUCGACAUCACGCUGGCCAAGGAGGACAUGCAGUUUGAGCGGCCCGACGGCGCGGACUUGCCGCUGGGCGAGGCGCAUGGCGAUUUCUUGCAGCGCCUCCUGCCGGUGGGCCCGGGCAUGGCUGCAGGAAGCCAGCUGGGCCGGCGCCUGUCCGUGUUGCGCCGCAAGAACAGCGGCGUGUCGGAGGCGUCCACAGCCGCCAGCUGCGCGGGCACCAGCGUCCUCGAUGGCGUAGCCCCGGAGGGUGACUGUGGGGACCUACUGUUGGACUCCGGACUUCGAGAGCCGGAACCCGAGCCCCACACGGGGCCAGAGCCGCCAGCCCCCGGGCUGGACGCUGAGCCCUUCACCAGAGUGUCCAUGCCCGCACCCAGAGGGCCGGCUCCGCCCUGGCUGCCCAGCCCCAUUGGCGAGGAAGAGGAGAAUCUAGCUUGAGGCCCUUGGGCCCAAGAUCCCCAAGAACAAGGAAUCAAGACCCACGCCGCACCCACGCCGACAUCUGGGUCCGCAUAAGCCUCUCGUGAAUUUCAUCCGCCGGCUUUAGACCAGUUCCUGCUACCCCUGCUCCUGUCUUCAUGUCUGGCCUGUGUCUCCUGUGGGCGGCCCUGGGCUAAGGGCAAAGGGAUUUUUCCAGCUUAGAGCAGCUCAUUCUUCCUACCAGCUCUACUCCCCCCUCCCCCCACUGCCUGGAAGGGCCCUAUGUGUGUCCUGCCUUUAUUGUUUCCUUAAAAUGGAGAUAGGAGUGCCUACCUCUUUGAGUUGUGAGGAUGGGAAUGAAAUAACAGCUUUAAAGCGUUUGUACAUAAUAGGUGCUCAAUAAAAUGUUAGUGGUUUCUACUCAAA